AUGAUCUCUUUUGUCGCUCAGAUCUUCCUUUCCACCAUGAAAGCUCUUAUUCUUGUUGGAGGAUUUGGAACUCGGUUGAGGCCUUUGACUCUCAGCUUCCCAAAACCCCUUGUUGACUUUGCCAACAAACCCAUGAUCCUUCACCAGAUUGAAGCUCUCAAGGCUAUAGGAGUCACCGAAGUAGUUCUUGCUAUCAAUUACCAACCCGAGGUUAUGCUUAACUUUUUGAAGGAUUUUGAAACGAAACUUGGGAUAAAGAUCACAUGCUCACAAGAGACUGAGCCACUUGGAACUGCGGGCCCACUAGCUCUGGCUAGAGAUAAAUUGGAUGAUGGAUCUGGAGAACCUUUUUUUGUGCUUAAUAGUGAUGUUAUAAGUGAAUAUCCACUCAAAGAAAUGAUUGCAUUUCACAAAUCCCAUGGUGGUGAAGCUUCAAUAAUGGUCACCAAGGUGGACGAACCGUCAAAAUACGGUGUGGUGGUAAUGGAAGAAUCAACCGGACGAGUCGAAAGAUUUGUUGAAAAACCAAAAAUAUUCGUGGGCAACAAAAUCAACGCGGGAAUUUACCUUUUAAACCCCUCAAUUCUCAACCGAAUCGAACCCAAACCCACAUCAAUCGAAAAAGAAAUCUUCCCAAAAAUCGCAUCAUCAAAUCUCCUAUUCGCAAUGGUCUUACCCGGCUUUUGGAUGGACAUUGGUCAACCAAAAGAUUACAUAACCGGAUUAAAACUAUACCUAGACUCCCUAAGAAAAAAAUCAUCACCAAAAUUAGCAAACGGGCCCCACAUAAUCGGAAAUGUUUUGGUUCAUGAAAGUGCUAAGAUUGGUGAAGGGUGUUUGAUUGGGCCCGAUGUUGCAAUUGGGCCCGGGUGUGUGGUGGAGUCUGGGGUGCGGUUGUCUAGGUGCACUGUGAUGCGUGGGGUCCGCGUGAAGAUGCAUGCGUGUAUAUCGAGUAGUAUUAUUGGGUGGCAUUCAACGGUUGGGAUGUGGGCCCGGGUUGAGAAUAUGACGAUUUUGGGGGAAGAUGUUCAUGUGUGUGAUGAGGUUUAUAGUAAUGGUGGUGUGGUUUUGCCACAUAAGGAGAUUAAGGCUAGUAUCUUGAAGCCGGAGAUCGUUAUGUGAAUGAAGAAGAUUUGUAAUUUUAUUGUGUUUAUGUUUUUUACUUUGUGUUGUUUUGAAGUGUGUUUUUUGUUAUUAAGUUUUUUUAAUUUGGUGUUAUUGGUAAGGGUAUGGGUUGUGUUUUGAUGUGUAAUUUUGUGGUGUAAAUAGAAUAAAUGGUUGGGUGAGUUAUUUAGGUUCUUGUUGCAUAAGGUUUAUGAACCAAUUUUAAAG